AGCAUAUAUAGACACCUCAUCUUUACGCUAAUAACAUACUCCCUCAGCUCACACAAACACACACACUGACAUAUAAACACCACUCACAUUUAAUCUAAUUCUUGCACUCAGAGGAAGGAAGAGAGAAAGACAGGGAUGCUCCUAGCAGGUGCUAAAAACUGAACGCAUGAGAGAGAGAGACGGGAUGGAGCAGGACUAAAGCAUUCAGGCAGAUAUUUUAGAAGAUCUUCGAACUCUUAGUGCAGAAUGCUUGCGUUUAUAUUUCCAUGCUUCUGUGUUUGAGCAUAUCUAUCUAAAUCUUUUCAUCUAAAUCUAUCCACAUCCCCUCGCAUUAGUGGUGUAUCUGGGGCCAAUAUCACUUGCACUAUGCUGUGCUCCUCUGUGUUUGUGGUGCUUCUUAUCCUUUUGGCCAAUCCGGUUCCGAGCAGUACCCGAGCCCUUCACACCCCUGACAAAGCCAUGCAGGUCAUCGAACAGUUCCUUGAGCGCUACAAUGACCUUUUAACCCUUGAUGAUCUUGAAAACCUCACAAGUGACCAAUCGGAAGAGCCCGUGCAGACCUUCAGCUCUGGGCUAAAGGUUGCAGAAUAUCCCAAGUGGAUUGACAUACCGGUGCAGAGUGAGAACGCCUGGCUUCGCCUUUUAAAGGGGGCUUUGGCCAAUCAGAAGCGAGCUCCACCGGAUCGGUUGCGGAGGGGGUGGAACCGAGGCUGUUUUGGCUUGAAACUGGACCGCAUCGGCUCUAUGAGUGGCCUCGGCUGCUAAUAAUGAACUCAGAAAUUGAUAUAAAAUGACUGUUGUCCUGCUUAGAUUGCAAAACUCUGUGCUGGUCUAGUCUGGGACCCUGUGAAAAUAGUGUACAAAGUUGUAGGUGGACAAAUUCAUUCAACUGUGUCUCAAUAUACUUAUUUUUUACAUUGAAUUUAAGGUGACGUUGUUUAACUGUAUUUGCAUAUUUAUUUCUUAAUAAAGGUAGCAGAGUGUUUUACUUGUUCCUUGAGAUGUAGAUGAUUUAUGACCCUCAUUUUGAUAUUCUGCUUGUAGUUUACUAUAGUAUUCAUAUGUCUCAAAGAGUCUCUAAAUGCAUGAUUUAUAGAACAUAAAUAUAUUCUCCUCACCUGUACUUUUUGCACGAAUAAAA